AAUUCGGAGCAACUCCCAGCUCUGCACUUUUUUUUCGUUUGAAUUAAAUCCUUGUUCCCUCGAGAGUGAUAGCUCCCAUGGCGAUGACAAUACACGGUAUGCGCUCUCAAUUUUAACUUUAUACUCAAACUAUCGUUUCUCCUUUCCGCGAUCCUCUCUAUUACUCCAAUUAGAUCACAAUUACUUUCACUCCCAUCACCAAUUGUUGCAACUUGUUUCUCUACAGCCGAAUCUCCCUCACAAUUGGGUUAGGGUUUUGUGACCAGUAAGUUUCUAUAGCAAUCCAUUGGGUUUUCGUAAAAUUCUGAUGGGAAACUUGGGGGAUUAGUUAGUGUAUUAGAGAGACAGGCUGAUCUUUUCUGUUAAGUUGCUUUCCAAGCCCAAUAGAAGCGAAGAUUAACGAAAUUGCUCGAGGAAUAUACAAUUCUAAGAAAGUUUUUUUCAAACAAAAUUGGGGAAUUUAUGCUCUCCUCAUGUCAAAGACACUUGGGUUAUACAUGUAAAACCACGGAUGACACAUCCUUUGCAAUAUUGAGUACAAAUCCAAAGAAGUAAGAACAUAAAUGGCCAAAUUCAUGCUGCACUUUUUCUACUAAGGAUUUAUGUUUGCUUAUCUUUUUCUUUUUAAAUUUGUUUCCUCAAUGUAUUCUUCAUUAUGGUACUGAUUCUUUCUUGUAUGUAACGUUACAACUCGGUGGACUGGGACUGUUCUUGACUUUACAGUCCUUGCUGGGCUGGCUUUUAUGUUUUCGGCUAGCAUUUUGCUACAGAUACUGGCUUGCGCUAUAUACAACAAUUGGUGGCCCAUGUUAUCAGCUCUCAUGUAUGUGUUGGUACCUAUGCCUUGCUUAUUCUUUGGAGGUGGGUCCACUCAAUUUCUGAUGAGCCGUGAUGGUGGUGGUUGGAUAGAUGCUGCAAAAUUUUUGACUGGAGCAUCAGCCGUAGGGAGCAUAGCCAUUCCGAUAAUCCUUAAGCACGCCCAUAUGAUUGAGACUGGAGCGAUGCUCAUUGAGCUUGUAUCAUUCUUCAUAUUUAUCUGCACUGUGUUGUGUUUCCAUCAAGCGAGCCUUGAUGAUGAUUGGUGAUAGCAAAUUCCUCAAAAUUCUGACAUCCUGCUAGUCAUUAGGGUUAGUUACCCAUAAAAAGGAAAACCAAAUAGUGAAACUUAUGACAACCAUGGGAAAAGAAAUGUAUGAUACGUUUGUAAAGCUUUGCCAGUAAUUGCUUUUCCGUCAGUUUGCUUUUUUGUUAUAAUAAGAUAUCUCUGAUAAUUUUCUGUCGUGGAGUAUACAUAACUUAGUCACUGAUUUAACAUA